AUGCCCUCCUCACCCUGCGCGCGCUCGCCCUCGAUGGAGGAGAUGACGUUCGAGACCCCGCGGACCGUCCUCUACGCCGUCGGCGACAAGGACGCGAUCGACACGAAGCUCUCGUGGCGCUGGGCGAGAGACAACUUCUUCCUCCCGAGCGACAACAUCUGGCUCCUGAAGUGCAAGCAAAAGACGAGCGGGUGGAUCCCCAUGGACACGGUGAAGACGCUCUCGGACGCGUCGCUCGCGAAGGACUGGCUCCCGUCGGAGAUAGCGCACGACGUCCGGGGAAUGGAGCACCGCAUCUUAUUGAUCGAGACGACGCAUGACCCCGGGGACGCGCUCGUGAAGUUCGCGACGAUGGAGUGCCCGCGAGACGCGAUCAUGCUCCUGGGAUGCCGAGGCAGGCAGGGCUGGCGCCGUAUGUUCCUCGGUUCCGUCACGUUGUACGUCACGCAGCACGCGCCGAUCGCCGUCCUCGUCGUUCGCUCUCGGAAGUACCGGGACAUCCCGGAUCUGACGUCCGACACCGUCGGCGCGGCGUACCUCGGGAUGACGACCCCGGGGAAGCAGCGGAAGGUCGCGAUCGCGAUCGACGGCACGUCUCAGAGCGUCGCGCUCGUGCGAUGGGCGAUGUCGAACGCGUUGAAGCCGAGAGACGAGGUCCACUUGCUUCACAGCGCCGCGAGCGAGAACCCGGAGGCGACGCUGAAAGCGACCGCGGCGGCGAACGAGUGUAUGGCGGCGUUGUCGGAGUUUCAAAGAGACGACGAAGGUCUAUGCGCGUCCGUGCUCUUGGACAUGAAAGGAGACACGCGCGACAACAUCGUGGACUACGUCGAAGAUCAAGGUGGGGCGAUCGACUUCCUCGUCAUGGGCACGCGAGGACUGACAGGGAACCUGAAGCGCGCGAUGCUCGGGAGCGUUUCCUCCUACGCGCUCGCGUACUGCCCGUCCCCGGUCUUGACCGUCCCCGCGGACAUCGUCGCGGAAGCCGCGAAGCCGACGGAGGAGGAGGAGCCGGCGUCUCCGUCCGCGUGA